GCUUUUAUACGUCAAAACACCCCCUAACAGAUCAAACGCGCUAUGGUCGUCCUCUUGUUAUUUCGAGUAACGUCUCUACUCUCAAUGCACGCUAUUCAUCUCCCACUCCUCUGCUGCCAUGCCAAAUCGACCCUGCGCGGCCCGACGCCUCAUUCGCAACGGGCUGUCGCCAGAGUUCCUUGAAGAAAGUAAGAGAUAUUCCCAGACAUUGCUCAGAGCCUGUCGGGUCGAAGUUCCGAGACACGACGAGAGGAGACACCAAAAUAACGCGAUUGGGAGUUACAAAAGACCGACGAAGAGUAGCAUUAUGGGGAAGAGAGCAGCCAUGUCGGAUUCACUGGUUUGCAUGAAGUCUGUUUGAGAGCUGAGCGCUGAGGGACAGUGGCGGAGACAGAAACGACUGACUGACGGAGAUAAGGAUAAGAAGUGGUCUUGAGCUGGAACGGUUUUGUCUGUUCUGAGUUGCCCUCGAGUGCAGCAGUGAUAGAGUUGACGCUAACCUCGACCGAUCCUGGUGUACCGUUGCCUCGGGUCUCACCGACAACUUCUCUCUACAGCCCAGCGACUCUGAAUAUGAGCGAAAAACGACUCUCCAUCUCGAGUACCUCAGUCCGAACGUGUAGCCAUCCAGUCAGUAGUCGUACCUUCCCAAGCAAAAGCCCGAGCCGACGCCCACGUUACUCCAGACCGACACAGUGAUCCCUUUCACCUCAAAGCGGCGUUGAAAUCGCCGGCAGAGAUCGAUGAAUUGCGACGAAGGAGGAAAGGCAAGCGUUUGGCGGCCUACCAGGACAAUCAGAAUACUUUGAUCGAAUAUCUUUUGAAACCCAUGGAAGAGCAUACCCAGGAUGCUCGCGCAGAGGAAGAUGCUGCCCGCCUUCCGGUCAAGAUUGCUGUGUGGGCUAGUCUGGUCGUUAAUGCAUGUCUUUGCGUUUUACAAUUGUAUGCCGCCAUCUCUUCUCUCUCGCUUUCGAUUCUUGCCACGGCAAUUGAUGCGGUCUUCGACAUCGGGAGCAACAUCCUCCUCUUCUGGCUCCACAAGAAGGCUGAUGGGCUAGAUGAGAACAAAUGGCCUGUCGGCGGAGCCCGCCUGGAAACUAUUGGAAAUAUUGUCUAUGUCGCUAGUAUGGGCUCUGUUAACCUAGUAGUCAUCGUGGAAUCAGUCCAGUCGCUGAUCACCAAGAAAAACGACAACCUGAAGACAUUCUUCCUGCCCUCCAUCUUGGCAGUCGCGGCAGCUCUGGCGGCAAAACUCGUUCUGUUCGUGUACUGUUUUUCUCUGAGGAAGAGAUCGAGCCAAGUCCAUGUCCUUUGGGAGGAUCACCGAAACGAUUUAUUCGUGAAUGGCUUCGGUAUAUUGAUGUCUUGUGGCGGCAGCAAACUACGAUGGUACUUGGACCCGAUGGGUGCUAUCAUCAUUGCUCUAGGCGUAAUCGUUUCCUGGAUACUGACGAUCCACGGUCAAUUCGAGCUGUUGGCGGGGAAAUCAGCGCCGUUUGAGUUUCUUCAACUCCUGGUAUACAAGUCCUCGACAUUUAGUCCCGAGAUCCAGAAGGUCGACACUGUACGAGCUUACCAUACUCGAAUCCAGGACUAUUUCGUCGAGAUUGAUAUCGUCAUGGAUGCGAGCACCCCGCUGUCGAAAGCACACGAUAUCAGCCAAGCACUGCAGGACAAGAUUGAAGUUCUCCCGAACGUUGAGAGAGCGUUCGUGCAUGUAGAUUAUGAGACAUCACACACCCCGGAGCAUCGAAAGACUAGAUUAUCAGGAUAACGAUUUUGUCCCUCUGUCUGCAACAUAGUUUUAUUCAAGCUUGCAUUCAGUGUUGUAUCAGAACGCCAACGGUUGAUCAGACACUAUUAGGGGUACCAUACCUCACUCAGCUUUCUUCGAGCCACAUCUUGCCAUCUCCGUUUGCACAACUGCCUUCUAUCUGCACGCCCUCUGCGAGGUUUUUCAUCUUCAUCAUUAUUUACAACCCUACUGCACAUUUUAUCGCCAUGAGUCCGUUAGUUGUAUCACGCUCAAGACGCGACAACACGCCCACAUCCUCUGUCUCGCCUAUACCACAAGACUCACAAGUCGCUACCUCCGAUCCUCAUGCAAAUACUACACUGUCAAGUGACCCGACAACAAUCAUAAUUUGUCUCGCGUUUCUCGUAUUCGUGCUCUGGGUUAUCGCCAUCUGCCUCUUUGCUCCUGGGAUCCACAAAAAGUGGAAAGAACGCCGUGCCAAGAAGCAACAGCAACGCGACGCGAAACUAAAGGCUCAGGCACUCGCCGAGACUCAAAAAUUCCGUGGACUUGGAUUUGGUUACGAAGGACUGAGCCGGGCCGAGCUAGAACGAUUCAGGCAGAAGGAGGAACAGGACGGAGACAGAUCAUACGUUCGACAGUCGCUCCAUCCACCGUCUCUAUGCCAAAUUCCCAUUAUCCCUCCUAUCACUAUCCCAGACAAGAUUCAAGUCGAACAGGACGGUGAGGGGGGACAGGAGAAGAACAAGUCAGACUUGGCACACGACAAGAAACUGCUCGCUCCGCUAGACCAGUUCACAGAGAUCUCUCUCGACACGUUGCCGGAAUACGAGCGGGGCGAGUACCAGAGCAACUGUCUCCCUGACCCAAAAGAGGACUCGGCGUCGAUGAUCGGAGGAAAUUGCAAAUGGCGAAAUGAAACAGGGCAACAUGGGGAUGAGUGACAUCAUCGAUGUUGUCGGACACGCUGUACUGCAUUUCUGGUCGUUUAUUCCGUUCACAAAUUCGUAUCAAGCUCGAGAAGUAGCACGCGCUGUGAGUGCACAUGCGGUUAGCGCGAGAUGUCCAAAUGAGGAAGCAACCUGGCAAGCGAUUCAACGAAGACAAACAAUCACCCCGAAAGUCUGACCGCGAGGAGCACUCAAUAAAUUAAGACGAAACCUUCCCCUUCUCCAAUCAUAUUAGCCGUUUUUUCUCUUCUCAUUUCUUCGAGGCUCUCCCGCCGCUCUCCUUGAGUCUCUCUCUCUCUCCACACUUCACUUUCCUCCGAACGGCAACCAGGCCUUUGGAUACGAACUUACGACGUGACACGAAGCACGAACUCGCUCUUCACAACCUCAUCGCCGACCUAGCUCCCAGUCUGCAUCAUGGAGACCAAAAACCAGGAUCCCGAAGAGUUCUACGUCAAGCAAGACCGGAUCGGAAAGGGCUCGUUCGGAGAGGUUUACAAAGGAUACGACAAGCGGACGCAGAAGACGGUCGCUAUCAAGAUCAUCGACCUAGAAAGUGCAGAGGACGAGAUUGAGGAUAUCCAGCAGGAGAUCCAGAUUCUCUCCCAGUUGGACUCGCCACAUGUUACCAAAUAUCAUGGCUCCUACCUGAAGGGAUCCAAUCUAUGGAUCGUCAUGGAAUAUUGCUCCGGCGGCUCGUGCUCAGACUUGAUGAAACCCGGUGUCUUCCGGGAGGAGUACAUCGCUAUCAUAGUGCGGGAGUUAUUGCGGGGCCUGGAGUAUUUGCACAGCGAGGGAAAGCUCCAUCGGGACAUCAAGGCUGCCAACAUCCUCCUCUCCGCGGGAGGCGAGGUCAAAUUGGCCGACUUCGGUGUCUCGGGUCAGCUUUCGGGGACGCUCUCUGCGAAGAAGAACACAUUCGUCGGUACACCAUAUUGGAUGUCUCCUGAGGUCAUCAAGCAGAGUGGGUAUGAUCACAAGGCUGAUAUCUGGAGUCUGGGUAUCACCGCAAUCGAACUGGCCAAGGGCGAGCCGCCAUAUGCGGAAUUGCAUCCCAUGAAGGCACGUGCUCCUGUGGUUAACGAACAUCGGCCAUCUGCUCGGGACCUCCUGAAGCACAAAUUCGUGCGCAUGGCGAAGAAGACAAGCUAUCUGACAGAACUGAUCGAACGACACGAGCGAUGGAAGGCUGAAGGAGGGGACGGUCGUGACGAAGACGACUACCGCGCCGUGCCAGAAGUUCCUGCCAGUGGCGAUCCAGAAGAUCUCUGGGACUUUGGGACAGUGCGCCAUGUUGCAACUGUCGGACGGGCGCAACAGAAUCCGGUGCAAGUGUCUGGGCCUCCUCUCACCUGGGAAAACGACGGCAAGAGACGCGCUGAGAACUCAUCCGUAUCUUCAGGGUCGUCCAGCACGUACCUUUCUUCGAGCUCUUCCAUCACGGUCAAGGGCGAGCUUCCGCCCCUGCCGCGACAAGUCGAUCAACAGGCCACAGUCCGGCACAUGCCAUCGGAUGGCCGAGGAAGCCACAUGCCUGGUCAGCGUCAACCGUCAGACGAGUACGACGAGGAUUUCGAAGACGACGAAUACGCAGCAGCGCAUCUAGCGGACAAGGUCAGCCAAGUGCAGCUCGAGGAUGAUCUGCCGGACACGACCAUGCUGGACUCUGUCAUCCUGCCUGCGAUCGCGUCGCUGUUCCCGCGUGUGUCCUCGCAAGAAGCAAGAGUUGCGCUGAGUGCUCUGCAGCGGGCAUUCACGGACGCCGAGAGGAUCAUCCCUGGGGUGACAAUGGAGCUCGUGAACGAGAUUGUGGACUCGGUUGAGCAUGUCGAAGACGAACGAUGAUAGCACUCGCAUAAUUUCCCCACCAUCACAUACAACAACUCUGCCUGCUUUCUGUAUAAGUAAUAAUCCGAUGCAUGUCAUGAAGGCUG